AUGCCGCCGUGUUACGGCGGUGAAACUAUAAUCGCGUUGUCCCUCUCGCGGUUCAAGCGAAGGCAUAUAAGGUGGGAUGUAGCGGGCUCUGCUUCAUCAGUCCCAAAUACACACGACGAGACCGCCAAGCAAGCAGGUUUAAGGUCGAGCGCCGUCAUGAGGCCUAUUGCGAUUCACAUCGCCGCUAUCCUUCUUGCGAUCAGCCUCAGUCAAGCGAAAACUUCCGGGAGGGAUCUAUCCAAAACGAGCGAAUCACAGCUGGACAAUUUGGUUACCGAGCCUCCUCACCUCGAGAUCCUCUCCGAAGAAGAGGAAUCAAAGGAAGAGAUCACGAAAGAAGAGGAUCAACUACCGAUUCUUCCUCCAAUAAUUCUAUUAGACUUCGGCAACAACAACACAGACGACGAGAAUGCCACAGCCGAAGAAAAAUCUAAACGAACCGUGAAUAAUGGCCUGGGUUACGGUCUGGACAGGAACAAUCUGCACCCAAGGAAAUACAAUUAUUACUUCCCUGCCGGGAAAUCAGGCACCACGGUGAGCAUCGAGGAAUCGAUCAGCCCGUUUCUCCCCAAAACGAUCAUCGAGAAGGUCCAACCCACCAGCCAGAAGGGGUACUAUUUCGGGACUCAGCAAAACAGUUUCGUCUCGCAGCCGUCUGGUAUCGCGGGGCAGAGUCAAGCUCAAUCGAGCAGCAGUGUUCAGUACCUAAAUGCGCAGCAGCUGAAGGAUCAGCCGAUGUUCGGAUCGCGGGCGAAGCCGCAAAGCCAGGGCACCGGCUUCACCUCGUACCAGAAACUGUCGAUGAAACCACCAGUCAGUUCGUACAGUAUUCAGAAUUCGGGUUACCGUGGCGGCAACGUCCCGGCCAGCACGCAAUCGCCUUUGGCUUUUAGCUCCACAGAGACGGUCAGAUAUGUAACUCCGAGCGCGGCGAAUUUCGCGAAUCCGCAGCCCGCCUCGUUCCACUACGCCAGCCAGGGUUCCCAGUUCGCGCAGAGCGGCACCGGUCAAAGGCAGCACGCACAAUCCAAUAUCAAUUCCCAUGGCUUCGUUUCGCAGAGCGUCGAGACCUCGACCGCCGCUCCGCUCAACUAUAAUCCCCGUUACCCUGCCUCCAGCCAGCAGACGCAGCCAACGAACAAUGGCCCCAGGUACUCCAUGGAGAACGGGGUGCGGUAUGAGAAUAAAAUCUUCUGGAAGUACCCCGAUGGCAGGGUGUCCGACGUUCCUCCGACUACUUACGUGGAAACCUCCUAUCCGGAGUACCUUCAAUCUAACGGGCAACAUCAGCAGCAGGUGAAAUCUCAGGGUUCUCAUUCGAUUUACGAAGCCAGCACCACGGAAAAUAGCGUACUCUCCCAAGGACCUGUGCAGUUUCCCGCAGUUUCCGAACCCAGCGGACAGGAGCCAAACCAAUUCGUUUCCUCGGAGUCGUUGACGGCUAGUUUGCCGCAGCAACAAGUGUACCGGCUUGGUUAUCAGAAUUUAGUGAGCCAGAGGCUGAACGCGAACCAGCCGCAGCAACGGAAACCCACUGUAGCGACCUCCUACUCGUUCUCCACUUCCGGGAGGCUGCAAUCCAACAGACACAAGCCAGCCUACAGCUCGCUGUAUCGGCCGGUCACUUCUAGGUACAUGGUCAACAGUCCGAAUGCGGAGUACACCGAUGGUUACACGACGGAGCCCACUGUCAACGCUACCACGCCCAUCUCGAACUUCUUCUCUGCGACUGAUUCCUCUCGCGUCGCUUCUAAGUAUUCCCCUAAGGUUCAGAACUAUUUAGACACGAUACUGAGUGCGCCCGAGGAAACGAAAAAGCAGAGUCUUCCUAGCAAUGAUUUGAACAGCUAUUCUAACUUGCAGUAUUCCGAUUUGUUGAAUUAUAAUCCCUCCAUUUCGGAGUAUAUUAGGAACCCAGCGUCUAUUUUGAACGUUCGGCCAACUUUUGUUCAAACUGGUAAUUCUCUUAUACCCGUGAUCAUUUUAAGAGUAGACGGGGUAUCCCCUAUUCAAACUAAAUCUACUCCGAACAUUAAUUUGAAGGCUCUGCUCCAGCAGUAUCUCAUUCAGUACGCUAACAGCAUUCAAGAACUGGCGCGUCCUUCUACGUACGAUCUUGGAACUGACUCUGUUGCGAGUGGACAAAGCCAAACUGGUACUAAAAGUCCAGUUCUCGAUUUAAUUCGAUUGACCCAGCAGGAUGCAAGGGUUACCUACGAUCCGAACGAUUACAUUGGGAGGACGAGUUACGAGACUAGCAAUCUGGAAAUUCCGAAAUCCUUCGCCGACAGCCAUUUCGGUGAACGAUCGACGGUCCGGCAGAAGAUGAAAAACGUUCAGAUUAUCGAUGAUCCGAGAUUCACGAGCUACAAAACGAAGAACUGA